AUGAAGAGCAAACACAGCACCGGCUCCACCGUCUCCAGCCUGCGCAGCCUGUCGUCGCGCGAGGGCCAGCUGAGCAUCGAGAGCGUGUCGUCGCCCACGCCGCAGCCGCACGCCGCGACCGACAAUGACGUCCCCGCCAACCCCAACCGCAUGCGCGACAACCUCAAGAUCACCGUCAUGGGCUCGCAGGGCGUGGGCAAGUCGGAGCUCGUCAAAAAGUAUGCCUACGGACAUACGCACUUCCGCUUCAGUCCGGGCGACCGCAUCAGCGGCUCCAAGCGCGUCUGCCUCAGCAACGGCGACGACUACAUGCUGUCCAUCAACGACACCUUCUCCGUGCACAUGGAGACGGCCGUCGCCGCCCACCAGAUCGGCCAGGCCGAUGGCGUCAUGCUGGUCUUCGCCCCGACCUCGAGCGAGAGCGUCGACGCCAUCAUCAACGUCUUCAACUUCAUCGCCGCCCAGUUCCGCGACACCAAGGGCCGCAAGACGCUGCCCGUCGUCGUCGUCGCCAACAAGGUCGACCUGGAACUGCCCGAGGAGCAAUUCGCCAACCUGCAGCGAGGCGCCACUUUCGCCCGCGAGCGCGGCAUUCCCUACUUUGAGACGUCGGCGCUCACCGAGCAGGGCAUCGACGAUGCGUUCGGCGGCAUGGCCGAGCGCAUCGUCACGUCGAAAAAGGAGAGGCAGAAGGAGCCGGACGACCUGUUCAAGAAGCUGAAGCGCAAGCUGCAGGGCAAGUGA